AGGUUAUUUCUGCAUUAAAGUCGUGCUCUGCUCUCUGAAAUUCACGCUCAUCUCCAAGUAGAACUCGGAGGUUUCCGUGUCGAUAUCGCUAAAGCAUUGGUCUGGUUCAAUCUAGCUUCGCCUCCCAGCAGGAACAAAGCAUGAGGAUGGCACUCCUGUCCUGAACAGAUGGUCUUCAACCAUCACGAGAGGCCAUGAUUUCCCUGGUGCAAAGGCAAUGCUCUAUGCGGCAGGCAUCCCUGACAACAAUGCCAUGACGAAAAGUCCUCAAGUCGGAGUUGCGUCUGUAUGGUGGGAAGGCAAUCCAUGCAACAUGCAUCUCUUGGACCUGGGCAAGACGGUGAAGAAGGCAAUCACGGAUCAGGGUAUGAUCGGGUGGCAGUACAACACGGUUGGUGUGUCGGAUGCAAUCACCAUGGGCAGUGAAGGCAUGAGAUUUUCUCUCCAAACCCGCGAAUUGAUCGCCGACAGUGUCGAGACCGUGACAUGCGCCCAAUAUCAUGAUGCCUGCAUUGCCAUUCCCGGAUGUGAUAAGAACAUGCCUGGUGUAGUGAUGGGCAUGGCUAGACACAACCGCCCCUCGCUCAUGAUUUAUGGUGGCACCAUUCAAAUUGGCUAUUCCAAUCUUCUGAGAAAGCCCAUCAACGUGUCUUCCUGCUUCGAAGCCGCUGGUGCUUACGUGUACGACACCCUGCGGCAGCCGGACGAUGGAGGCGAUACUAGCAAGUCUAAAGACGAGAUCAUGGAUGACCUGGAAAGACAUGCCUGUCCCACCGCCGGAGCGUGUGGAGGCAUGUUUACAGCCAACACGAUGGCCACAGCAAUCGAGUCUAUGGGUCUUUCGCUACCGGGCUCUUCCUCUACUCCUGCUUCUUCUCCAUCCAAGAUGCGGGAAUGUGUCAAAGCGGCGGAAGCUAUCAAGGUCUGCAUGGAAAAGGAUAUCCGGCCGAGGGAUCUGUUGACCAAACGCUCUUUCGAAAAUGCCCUUGUCAUGACCAUGGCUUUGGGCGGCAGUACCAAUGGUGUCCUCCACUUCCUUGCUAUGGCUCGGACAGCCGGUGUCGAUCUUACCUUGGAUGAUAUUCAGAGGGUCAGCGACAAAAUCCCCUUUAUCGCUGAUCUUGCCCCCAGUGGAAAGUACUACAUGGCGGAUCUGUACGAUAUCGGAGGUAUUCCGUCAGUCCAGAAGCUAUUGAUUGCAGCAGGCCUGCUCGAUGGUGACAUUCUCACGGUGACUGGCAGGACGUUGGCUGAGAAUGUGGCUUCUUUCCCAUCACUGCCAGAAGAUCAAGUCAUUAUUCGACCUCUCAGCAAUCCCAUUAAGUCGACCGGACAUCUUCAGAUUCUUCGAGGUAAUCUUGCUCCCGGGGGUGCAGUGGCUAAAAUUACUGGCAAGGAGGGGACUCAUUUCGUCGGCAAGGCACGGGUAUUCGACAAGGAACACUCCCUCAACGAGGCUUUGGACCAAGGAAAAAUCCCUCGCGGCGAAAACCUUGUCAUUGUGGUUCGUCACGAAGGUCCUAAGGGUGGACCAGGAAUGCCAGAGCAACUCAAAGCCAGUGCUGCGCUCAUGGGAGCCAAACUUACCAACGUGGCCCUCAUUACGGAUGGACGGUACUCUGGAGCAAGUCACGGGUUUAUUGUCGGUCAUAUUGUCCCUGAAGCCGCUGCUGGGGGGCCGAUCGCUGUGGUCCGUGACGGCGAUGUCAUCACUAUCAACGCGGAAACAAACGAGAUCAGCAUGGAUGUUUCUGACGAGGAGAUUCAGCACCGGCUCAAAGAGUGGAAGCCUCCGGCUCCCAAUGCCACACGGGGUGUGUUGGCCAAGUAUGCGCGACUUGUUGGAGAUGCUUCCCACGGAGCCAUGACGGACCUUUUCUAGGCCUGGAACGACCUAAAAUGACUUCAAUAUUUUUCUUGCUGCUGUGUAAGAUAAUUUUCGG